AUGGGUGUAGUUAGUUACGAGAUAGUGUUUAGAAGGAAUCACAAUCGAUCGUCAAUCAACAAACUCUAUGAUGAUGAGCUUUACAAGAAGAAGCAAUCUGAUGCUGUUCGUUUCCUUCUCAGAAUCAGAUGCUGGGAAUACAGAAACUUGCCAGUCUGCCAUCGUGCUGCUCAUCCAUCACGUCCAGACAGAGCCAGACGUUUAGGUUACAAAGCCACUCAAGGUUUCGUAGUCUACCGUAUCCGUGUCCGUCGUGGAGGUAGAAAGAGACAAGUCCCAGGUGGUCGUACUGGUGGUAAGCCAAAGACCCAUGGUGUCAACGAAUUGAAGCCAUCAAGAAAUUUGAGAAGUGUUGCUGAAGAGCGUGUCGGUCGUCGUUGUCCAAACUUGCGUGUUCUCAACUCAUACUGGGUCAACCAAGACUCCACCUACAAGUACUACGAAGUCAUCUUGGUCGAUCACUCUCACCAAGCUGUCCGUAACGACGCUCGUUACAACUGGAUCUGCAACCCAGUUCACAAGCACCGUGAACUCCGUGGUCUCACCGGAGCUGGUGUCACUGCUAGAGGUCUCAGAAACAAGGGUCCACGUACCUCUGGAAAGGCUAGACCAUCUCGUCGUGCCAACUAUAAGAGAAGAAACACCCGUGUCUUCAAGCAUUUAAAUGUGAUCCUCUACCAAAUAGAUGAAUUUGUAGUUAUCAAAAAAUGUUUGUUUGAAGUUGUUGAUAUAGUUCAAAUCAAUCUACCCACUAUUGUCAAUUUCCUCAACUCAAAGUGUCUGUUUGUAAACUAUGAUAAUAUCAAAUAUAUAUUGGUCGCUGGAAAUGAUCUUGAAGUUCUAAAGUGUAUAGAUCUAUUCAAUGAAAUUCAGAGUGCAAUCGAUAGGAUUCCAGAUUGGAAAAGAUCUGAGAAUAAUUUACCAUCAACCAAUAGUAAUCAGCUUGUAGUUAAAACAGAGACAGAAUCGGGAGUUGGUAAGGUAUCUGCCAAGGUGGUAUCUAGAGAUACUACUAGAUCAUCAGUAACUUAUAGAUCUGGAAUCAACCGUAGCAAUAUUGGACUGGGCCACUGUAUCAACCCUACUCUCUCAGUUGAUAGAUAUCAUGGUCGUGUUGUUGGUCCCAAACGUCGUGUCAGUUCAUCUGCUGGUAAAGAUACAUUGGCAAAUACAAAGAAUUCAACAGAUAACAAUCCAAAUUCUAUCGUCAAUCAACUCAAGAAGGAGGAGAACAGAUACUUCUUUGAAGUAAGCAUUCGAAAGCCAUCAACUAUUUCGAUGGAACCCAAGGUAAAACCAACAACCAACACUAUCGUUACUACCACCGCCACCACCACCACCACCACUGCCAACUCAGAGGAUACAAUAGAGAUUGACAACAAUUCUCAUAUACACCCCAAUUUACUAUCACAUCCCAAUUUACAAGUACAUGAAACUAUGAAAAAGCAUCGAGAUACCGCUCCAACAUUCACAGAUCACUCUCAGAUCAAUGAUCUACAUCUAUUAGCUAUAUUCAACUAUCUUUACCUGUUUCCUCUGUGCUUCCCCUCCAUCCCACAUGAAUGUGGCAUUCAAUACAUCUUGUGCAAGUUUGUGUUUGAUAUGUGUCAUGUCGAGAAUAACCAUUUGGUAUUACCAGCAAAAGAACAAGUCGACGAAUUUCUUGAACAGUUUGGCUGGUUGGAUGAAAAGUUUAUCAAGUUUAUUCGAUUUCUCAUACUUGUACAGGUACCAAAUAAUCCAGACAAUGGUCAUUACAUUCAAACUGGUAUCAAUUAUCUCUUCUCCAAAUUAACAUCCAAAUCAGAAAUGAUGGUACUGGUAUACUUUAGAACAAAACAUGAUCCUAUUCCAUCUUAUAUGGAUAUUCCAUACCAGUUCUUUGAACCAUCGAAUCAUGUUAAUCUGAUAUCCAUUCUUGAUAUAAGAGAUGGUACUCUUGCUUCCAAAAGAGGAUGUUUCAUAUUGGCAUUCAACAAAGUUAUAAAUUUAGCAAUUUAUCUAACCAAUAUUCUAGAUUAUUAUAAUAAAACUAGGAGAUUCCAGUAUAUCGGUUUAAAUAAGGUUGUUUAUCUCAAUAUUACAAAUGGUAUGCCAAAAAAGGGUAACGAAAAUAUAUAUAGUAAGAAUAGAAUGUCCACCCAAAGACAAUUAAAUUCUACUGUCAUCAAUGCUCUUGUAUUUCUUAGACAAUCAGAAACUGAAAAGCUCGUUAAAUCUGGUAAAUCUGGAAAGAAGCAGCUGAAUACCAAGUCAACCAACGAUGUGCUCAAUGCAGAUACCAUUCGAAAGAUGUUUGCCGAGAGUGACAGUCAUAACAUAUACUAUCUCCUACGCGAGUCUUCACUAAGUGGAAAACACACAAGUAUCGAAUUGUUGGACCAGUUUACAGGUUUGAUGGCGGUGCACAUGAAGUUGACAACAAAUAACAAGAAGAGCUUGUUUCCAACCUCAAACUUGGAUGUCAAUUCAUACAAGUUGAGAUUCAUUAUGGAAGUAGUCAGUACAUUCUGGUAUCCAGUGAAGUUUAGAGAGCAAAUGAUCAAGUUUAAAGAGGCCCUCGACUUUCGCGAUAUUGUUAUUGUCUUUGGUUUGGACCGGAUUUCAAGACACUCCAAGGAAAUUCUCGAAAUGUUUGACCACUUUACAAAUAAUAGUGUUAUUCUCUUUGUUGCACAUAUUCAUACACCAAUGAUUCCAUCUGGCUCAUAUCUCAUUGACUUUGGAUUGAAAUUGGUAUUCAAGUUUGAAUCAACCGAUUCUUCCUUUGGUUACACGAGGGUUGAUAUCUCUUUCGGAGAUCUCUACGAGGAGGUCAAGAAGAUUGGAGAGGUUUACUUUCAAUUGUCAAGUGAGCAUGGUGUUUAUGCCAAGCGUCAUUUCGUUACCAAACAUUUCAUUGAGAAUGUAUAUACAGAUCCCGACUUUAAAAACAUCUUUAAAAGGUUGAAUGGUUCAAUUGAGAAUGUUGUUUGCUUCUCUCGUGUAUCAGCGACAUCUCGCUCUUGUGGUACCUCUGUCAAUGACCAAAUAUUGAUUGGCAAACUCUUUGCACCCAAUCCAAAGUGUGCUAGUGUAUCCCACUUUCAAGAAGCCAAUCCAUUAAUGGAUUUGGGUGGAAAGAAAUUGGAUUCAAAGACAUUGGAGGUACCAUUGAAUGAAGAUCCAGAAGAGAGUGAAUAUCAAAAUAAUGAGAAGAUUCCAAUAGACUUGAUUGAAAAGAAAGAUGAUAAUGAAAUUCUCUUUGUUAAUGCAUUAAUAACAAAUGCUAAAAAGUUUCUUAUCCAUGGUCCAGAGCCAAAGGAUCGUGAUAGAGACGAAGAAGAUGAAUUUGUUGACAUUGUUCAGACUAAUUCCAGAGUGUCAGAGUUAUUGGAGAAGUACAGAAUUGAUACAACUCUACUCAAACCAUGGAUGAUGUUGGCAGCGUCUCUCAAAUGUUUACUUGUCGGUCUAUUCCCACCUCCUGCCUAUCUUGAAGAUGUUAAAGCAGACUUUGCAGGAGCUCUCCUUCAGGCUCUGAUCCAGAUCAGAACGCAUAUGGGUUAUGAAGUAAAUGAAGCAAUGUCAGCGGCAAUGGAGGACGAAAAUAUACUACUAUUUAUAAUAUACAUGGCAUAUCUUGAUGGAGUAUUCAAAAGCAAGUUUGAUAAAAUCAAUGAACACAUCAAACGAUCUGACAGUUACGUUCCAUUCGGUCCUACCUUGUGGUUUCCAUUCAUAGUUAAUUAUUCAACAUACCGAUUUCUCUAUGAUGCUUUGGUGAAAGCUAGGCAAUUUAGAGAGUAUAUGAGAUUCAUUAUGUCCAGAUACAAGGUCGAUCAAACAAUUCUUGUUGCUAUUGAAAAUUCUAAAAAAGAUAUUGGAUCGAAGUUGGCGGCAGAUAAUAAUGAUAAUGAUAAUAGUAAUAGCGAUAAAAAUAAUAAUAUUAGCAACAACAACAACAACAACAAUAAUAAUAACAAUAACAAUAACAAUAACAACAACAACAACAACAACAACAACAACAACAACAACAACAACAACAACACCAGCAAUAAUAAUAAUAUCGAUGAUGAAGAAUAUAUAGAUAUCGGUUAUUCAGAUAUGGAAUUUGUAACAUGGCCUAAGACAACCACCACCACUACCAACAGACAGAACAACAACAACAAUGAUAAUAAUAGCAGUAAUAUCAACAACAUUAAUAAUAGUGAUGACGAUGAGAACAACAACAACAAUAAUAAUAGUCAGGAAUCUUCAUCAACAACUACUAGCAUCAAUUAUAAUAGAAAAAGAAAAGCAAAAAUAGUUAAAGAUAUUGUCAAACAAAAGCCAGAGUUUAAGGAUUUAUAUUACGGCUGGGCUGAUAAAUCCAAUGUGGAUAUUGUAAUCGGAGAGGCUGCCAGAAUUCUGGGAUUCAAUGAUCAACGUGGGAUCCUGGAUGAUGCUUGUUUCAUACUCCUAAGAGAUUUCCAUAACCAGACUAUUAAUACCAGAUGUGAUACAACAAUCACUUAUGAAAAUAGAUUAUUGGUUGAAAAAAUCAAACAACUCCACAGUGUCGAAAUGUUUAAAAUCGAUAAUGAUUAUUGUGAAGAUAACUUUAAUAAAGACGAUGCUGAGAUUCACUGUGGACAACUAGAGAUCAACCAAACAAAGUAUUGUUCAGUAUGUAAUGAAGCUGUGGUCUACCUAAAGAAUGAUGUCAAGCUGGAAACUUAUUACUGCUCAAGUGUCUGUGCUCUGCAAGCUGGAGUUACAAAGAAUGAACAAUCAAGACUAUUCAAGAAACGAUGUCAGCACUAUUCACCCAAAAAAGUUCAAUGUGAGCAAUAUUCUCUUGUUUAUCUCAGAACUGGUAUGAAACUAGAAUUAUUUAAAUUAGAUAUAAUAGAUCUUACAAUAGCUGAGUGUUGA